AUGGAGGGACUGCUUCCGUGCUUGAUUGUUCGGUAUAUAUGCCAGUGUGCCGUCACCAUCCAUCCCUUCAGCGCUGUCUAAUCCGACGCUGUUCAAUUGAGCUCACUGCUUUAACCCUUUCACUAUCUACUUCCGAUGAUAAAACUCGGAAUACUCAGUCUCGCUCUCAUCGUUGCCAAUGCGUUCGCUGCGCCUUCCCCGAAGGCAGCGGGGAAUGGUAGAAUUGCAAAAAGAGGGAUGUCGGGCAACAAUGAUGUCAUCAUCCAGAUGUUCGAAUGGUCAUGGGAUAGCAUUGCUUUAGAGUGUACUCAGUUCAUCGGACCUGCUGGAUACGGAUAUGUACAAGCAUCCCCCGCCCAGGAAACUAUCACUGGUACUCAGUGGUGGACUGACUAUCAGCCUGUUUCAUACACGCUUACAUCAAAGCGUGGAAACCGUGCACAGUAUCAGUCCAUGAUACAGACAUGUAAAAGUGCUGGUGUUGGUAUCAUCGCAGAUACUAUCUUUAAUCAUAUGACGGGCCAAUCCUCUGGUACUGGCAUUGCAGGAACCCAGUUCACUCAGUAUAGCUACCCACCAACUUAUUCGGCUGAUAACUUCCAUUACUGCGGCCUUGAGCCAGGUAACACCAUUGUCAAUUAUGAUAAUCGUCUUGAGGUUCAGACAUGUCAGUUGGAUGGAUUGGCUGAUCUAGCAACGAACACCACUGCUGUUCAGAAAAUUCUUGCAGCGUAUGCUAAUGACUUGAUUAGUCUCGGAGUGGAAGGAUUGAGAUUGGAUGCUGCUAAAAACAUAGCAGCAAGUGAUAUCGGAAAUAUCACCAGCUUGAUCAACGGGAGUCCCUAUAUCACGCAAGAGGUCAUCUGGGGCGCCGAUCAGCCUAUCCAACCUUCCGAAUACGUCUAUAUAGGCGAUGUUAUGGAAUUCAGGUACACUUCUGCCUUGCAAAGCGCAUUUGGUGGUGGUGGAAUAUCGAGUUUGCAGGAUCUCGAUAAUCAAGGCUGGGUUCCCGGGACAUCCGCCAAUGUCUUUGUUGCCGACCAUGACACAGAAAGGGGCGGAUCUUCACUCAACUACAACUCGCCUUCGAACACCUAUACCUUGGCACACGUGUUCUCGCUUGCUCACUCUUACGGGACACCAACGGUACUAUCCAGCUAUCAGUUCAGCUCAUAUGACGAUGGCGCCCCCAAUGGCGGAAACGGCACGUGCUAUGGUGCCGGAGGCGUGAAUGGCUGGCUCUGCCAGCACCGCUGGUCUGCCAUCGCAGGUAUGGUCGGCUUCCACAACAAUGUUGGCACUGCGGCAUUAGGUGAUUGGGUAUCGCCAAGCUCGCAGCAGAUUGCAUUCGGAAGAGGGGCUCUUGGUUUUGUAGCAAUCAAUAACGAAGAUUCCACGUGGGCCACGACAUUCACUACAUCCUUGCCUGCUGGAUCAUACUGUGACGUGAUUAGCGGCCCACCAACCUCGUCGGGGACAUGUGCGGGUGCAUCUUACACCGUAGCAUCCGAUGGAACCUUCAGUGCAACAGUUGCUACAGCUAACGCCAUCGCGCUGCACACGGGCGCACUUGGGACAGGAUCUACAUCAGCUGUAUCUUUUUCGGAGACCGCAACUACAACAUACGGCGAGAACAUCUUCCUUACUGGGAGCUUAGAACAGUUAGGGUCGUGGGAUCCUGCUAACUCGAUUGCUUUGUCGUCAAGCAAUUAUCCCGUUUGGGAGACGACAGUGAACCUUCCGCUCAACACCGCGUUCGAGUAUAAGUUCAUCAGGAAGGAGACCGAUGGUAGUAUCGUAUGGGAGUCAGACCCUAACAGGAAUGAUACAACAUCUGGAAGUACUCAGACUUUGAACGAUACAUGGCGAUGAAGGGUGUUGGAUAUUAUGUGUAUAUAGAAAUUUUCUUGUUGAAAUAUUAGUGAAAUGCCGGUUG